AUGACAGGGAAAGCCGGGGAAGCGCUGAGCAAACCUAAAGCCGAGACUGUGGCCAAGAGUAACUCGGGGGGAAACCCGCCUAGGUGCACCGGUUUCGGCAUCCAGGAGAUUCUGGGCUUGAACAAGGAGCCACCCAGCUCACAUCCGCGGGCCGCCCUGGACAGCUUGCCUGCGGGGCACCUGCUGACUGCCCGCUCGGUACUCAGCCCGGCUGGUGUGGGGGGCAUGGGGCUCCUGGGGACAGGGGGGCUCCCAGGCUUCUACACGCAACCCACCUUCCUGGAAGUCCUGUCCGACCCCCAGAAUGUCCACCUGCAGCCCUUGGGCAGAGCCUCGGGGCAGCUGGAUACCAGCCAGACGGCCAGCUCAGAUUCUGAAGAUGUUUCUUCCAGCGACAGAAAAAUGACCAAAUCUUCCUUAAACCAGACCAAGAAACGGAAGAAGAGGCGACACAGGACGAUCUUUACAUCCUACCAAUUGGAGGAGCUAGAAAAGGCAUUCAACGAAGCCCACUACCCAGAUGUCUAUGCCAGGGAGAUGUUGGCCAUGAAAACAGAGCUUCCUGAAGACAGGAUACAGGUCUGGUUCCAAAACCGCCGAGCCAAAUGGAGGAAACGGGAGAAGUGCUGGGGGAGGAGCAGUGUUAUGGCAGAAUAUGGCUUGUAUGGAGCUAUGGUUCGCCACUCUAUUCCACUGCCAGAGUCCAUCCUCAAAUCUGCCAAGGAUGGCAUCAUGGAGUCCUGUGCCCCAUGGCUACUUGUUCAAGAUGGCUUUCCCAUGGCCAGGCGCUUUUCUAAACCCGAAUACCAACAAUUCUUUUUAGGGAUGCACAAAAAGUCUCUGGAGGCAGCUGUGGAGACCGGGAGGAAGCCCGAGGUGGAGCGUCAGGCCUUGCCCAAGCUUGACAAGAGUGAGAAGGAAGAGCAGGGCCCUGACCCCCAGGCAGCCACCAUCUCUCAAGAGGAGCUGAGGGAAAACAGCAUUGCCGCCCUCAGGGCCAAAGCUCAGGAACAUAGCACCAAAGUGCUGGGGACCAUAUCUGGGGGGGAAGCCUUGGCUCGGAAAGCAGAGAAGCAAGAGGAGGCCGUAGAGGAGGAGGAGGAAGAGGCGCCCAUCGAAGAGGAGAGGCAAACGGAGAGACCCAACCCGAUGCAGCCAGAUGAGAAGAUGGUUUAA